GCGGCCGCGACGAGGAGCGGCGGAAGCUGGCCGACAUCAUCCACCACUGGAACGCCAACCGGCUGGACCUGUUCGAGAUCAGCCAGCCCACCGAGGAUUUGGAGUUCCAUGGAGUGAUGAGGUUUUAUUUUCAAGAUAAAGCUGCUGGAAACUUUGCAACAAAGUGUAUCCGGGUGUCGAGCACUGCCACCACUCAGGACGUCAUCGAGACACUGGCCGAGAAGUUCCGGCCCGACAUGCGCAUGCUGUCUGCUCCCAAGUACUCGCUGUACGAGGUGCACGUCAGUGGAGAAGAAAGAAGAUUGGAUAUAGACGAGAAGCCCCUAGUUGUGCAGCUGAAUUGGAACAAAGACGACCGUGAGGGCAGAUUUGUUCUGAAGAAUGAGAACGACGCCAUCCCUGCUAAGAAGGCUCAAAGCAAUGGACCUGAAAAGCAGGAGAGAGAAGGGGUUAUCCAGAACUUCAAGAGAACUCUCUCGAAGAAAGAAAAGAAGGAGAAGAAAAAGAGAGAAAAAGAGGCAAUGAGACAGGCACCGGACAAAGACGACAGACCUUUCCAAGGGGAUGACGUUGAGAACUCUCGCCUGGCUGCAGAGGUCUACAAGGACAUGCCUGAGACCAGCUUCACCCGCACGAUUUCCAACCCUGAGGUGGUCAUGAAGCGGCGGAGGCAGCAGAAGCUGGAGAGGCGCAUGCAGGAGUUCCGGAGCUCAGACGGGCGGCCCGAUUCAGGUGGGACGCUGAGAAUUUAUGCAGACAGUUUAAAACCAAAUAUCCCCUACAAGACAAUCCUGCUGUCCACCACCGACCCUGCAGACUUUGCUGUAGCUGAAGCUCUAGAGAAGUACGGUCUGGAGAAGGAGAACCCCAAGGACUACUGCAUCGCCCGGGUCAUGCUUCCUCCCGGAGCCCAGCAUUCCGAUGAAAAAGGUGCUAAAGAAAUCGUCCUUGAUGAUGACGAAUGUCCCUUACAGAUCUUCAGGGAGUGGCCAGGUGACAGAGGGGUUUUAGUCUUUCAGUUGAAGAGGAGACCCCCGGACUACAUCCCCAAGAAAACCAAGAAGCACAUGGACGGAAGGCCAGCAAAGGGCAAGGAGAGAGCUGACGGGGCCGGCUACGGCUCCGCACUGCCGCCCGACAAGCUGCCCUACCUGGUGGAGUUGAGCCCAGGGAGAAGGAGCCACUCUGCCUACUGCGGCUACUACACUCACGAAGAUGGUUCCGACUCCAGAGAUAAGCCGAAGCUUUACCGCCUUCAGCUCAGUGUUACUGAGGUUGGGACAGAGAAGUUCGAUGACAGCUCCAUCCAGUUGUUUGGCGCAGGAAUUCAGCCCCAUCACUGCGACCUCACGAACAUGGAUGGAGUUGUCACUGUCACACCGAGAAGCAUGGAUGCGGAGACUUACGUGGAGGGGCAGCGCAUCUCAGAGACAACCAUGCUGCAGAGUGGGAUGAGCGUGCAGUUCGGGGCCUCACACGUGUUCAAGUUUGUGGACCCCAGCCAGGACCACGCCCUGGCGAAGAGGACCGUGGACGGGGGCCUGCCCACCAAGGGUCACAGACACAAAGCUGGAAUUGUUCAGGAGACAACUUUUGACGUAGGAGGAGACAUUCACAGUGGAACAGCAUUGCCAACAAGCAAGAGCUCCACUAGACUGGACAGCGACAGGGCGUCGUCUGCCUGCAGCACUGCCGAGCGGGGGAUGGUGAAGCCGACGGUCAGAGUGGAGCAGCAGCCAGAGUACCGCAGGCAAGAGAGCAGAAUGCAGGAUGCUCCUGGGCCCGAGCUGAUGCUGCCUGCCAGCAUUGAAUUCAGGGAGACUUCUGAAGACUCGUUUCUCUCUGCCAUCAUAAACUACGCCAACAGCUCCACGGUGCACUUUAAGCUGUCCCCCACCUACGCCCUCUACAUGGCCUGUCGGCACGUGCUGUCAGGCCAGGGCAGGCCCGAGGCCAGCCCCGCCGAGCGCGCGCACAGGGUGGUCGCCGUGGUCAGCAAGAUGGUGAGCAUGAUGGAAGGGGUGAUCCAGGAAGUAGACCAGGUUGACCAGAAACAGAAGAACAUCGCAGGGGCGCUUGCUUUCUGGAUGGCAAACGCGUCUGAGCUCCUCAACUUCAUCAAGCAGGACCGUGACCUCAGCCGGGUCACCUUGGAUGCCCAGGACGUGUUAGCGCACCUGGUUCAAAUGGCAUUUAAACACCUGGUGCACUGUCUUCAGUCAGAGCUGAACAAUUACAUGCCAGCCUUUCUGGAUGACCCUGAAGAGAGCAGUCUGCACAGACCGAAAAUAGACGACGUUCUGCACACGCUCACGGGGGCCAUGUCGCUGCUGCGCCGCUGCCGAGUCAACGCGGCCCUGACCAUCCAGCUCUUCUCUCAGCUCUUCCACUUCAUCAACAUGUGGCUGUUCAACAGGCUGGUGACGGACCCCGAGUCGGGGCUGUGCUCCCACUACUGGGGGGCCAUCAUCCGCCAGCAGCUGGGCCAUGUGGAGGCGUGGGCAGAGAAGCAAGGGCUGGAGCUGGCUGCCGACUGUCACCUCAGCCGGAUCGUGCAGGCCACCACUUUGCUCACAAUGGACAAGUAUGCCCCCGAUGACAUUCCAAACAUCAACAGCACCUGCUUCAAGUUGAAUUCACUGCAGCUUCAGGCCUUAUUACAGAACUAUCACUGUGCACCUGAUGAGCCUUUCAUCCCGACGGAUCUGAUAGAAAGCGUCGUGGCUGUGGCUGAAAACACAGCCGACGAGCUGGCCCGCAGCGAUGGGAGGGAGGUGCAGCUGGAGGAGGACCCCGACCUGCAGCUGCCGUUCCUUCUGCCCGAAGACGGUUACUCCUGCGAUGUCGUCAGAAACAUUCCAAAUGGCUUGCAAGAGUUUUUGGACCCUUUGUGCCAGAGGGGGUUCUGCAGGUUGAUUCCUCACGCACGCUCACCGGGCACUUGGACGAUAUAUUUCGAGGGUGCGGACUAUGAAAAUCAUCUCCUGCGUGAGAACACAGAACUGGCUCAGCCUCUGAGGAAGGAGCCCGAAAUCAUCACUGUCACCCUGAAAAAGCAGAAUGGAAUGGGCCUCAGCAUUGUUGCGGCAAAGGGUGCCGGUCAGGAUAAACUCGGGAUCUACGUGAAGUCCGUCGUGAAGGGAGGCGCUGCGGAUGUGGACGGGCGGCUGGCUGCCGGGGACCAGCUCCUCAGUGUGGACGGGCGCAGUCUGGUCGGACUCUCUCAAGAAAGGGCAGCAGAGCUCAUGACCAGGACGAGUUCCGUGGUGACUCUGGAAGUUGCGAAGCGAGGAGCCAUCUAUCACGGCCUGGCCACCCUUCUCAGCCAGCCGUCCCCGAUGGUGCAGAGAUUGUCGGAUCGCCGCGGCUCAGGGAAGCCCCGUCCGAAGAGCGAAGGGUUCGAGCUCUACAACAGCUCCGCUCAGAAUGGGUCCCCCGAGAGCCCUCAGCUGCCUUGGGCCGAGUGCAGUGAGCCAAAGAGGCCACCUGGCGACGACAGGCUGCUGAAGAACAGAGCUGACCACCGGUCCAGCCCCAACGUGGCAAAUCAGCCUCCAAGUCCUGGCGGGAAAAGCGCAUACGCCCCCGGAACCGGCGUGAAGAUAACGUCCGUCUCUACCGGGAACCUGUGUGCAGAGGAGCAGACCCCCCCACCUCGACCUGAGGCCUACCCCAUUCCCACGCAAACGUACACCAGGGAGUAUUUCACAUUCCCUGCCUCCAAGUCCCAGGACCGGGCAGCUCCUCCUCCUCACAGCCAGUGGCCCACUUACGAGGAAGAGCCGCACCUGCACAUGGACAGCAGUCAUCCCGGUGUUGGGGUGCAGCGUGUCACCCGUUCCCAAGAGGAGCUUCGGGAAGACCCAGCCUCUCACCUGGAGCACCGCCGAGCGGAAGCAGCGGUGGAUCGCAAGUCUGACAGUGACAUGUGGAUGAACCAGAGCUCCUCGGUGGGCUCCAGUGCGUCCAGCCAAGAGCACCUGGACCAUGCAUCCAAAUCGGGCACUCCUGCGUCCACCCUGACCAAAAGCGGUCCUGGGCGCUGGAAGACGCCAGCCGCUGGGCAGCCCAUGCCUACAGCGGUUCCCCAGCCUGGCCGCACGGACCUGCCUCCACCCCCUCCACCACCUCCCACGCACUAUGCCAGCGAGUUUGAUGGAGUCCCAAUGGAUCUGCCUCUCCCACCCCCUCCUGCCAGCCAGACGGGGCCUCAGCCUGCACAGGCGGCCGCCGCCGAGCGGAGGAAGCGGGAAGAGCACCAGCGCUGGUACGAGAAGGAGAAGGCCCGGCUGGAGGAGGAGCGGGACAGGAAGCGCCGGGAGCAGGAGAGGAAGCUGGGCCAGAUGCGCGCACAGCCGCUGAGCACUGCUGCCUUCUCCCCUGCGACCGUGCAGCCGCUGAAGCCGGAGAAACCGUCCACGCUUCAGAGACCCCAAGAGACGGUCAUUCGGGAGCUGCAGCCCCAGCAGCAGCCCCGCACGAUCGAGCGCAGAGACUUGCAGUACGUCACCAUCAGCAAGGAGGAGCUGUCCUCCGGGGACAGCCUGUCUCCAGACCCCUGGAAGCGGGACGCCAAGGAGAAGCUGGAGAAGCAGCAGCAGCUGCACAUCGUGGACAUGCUGAGCAGGGAGAUCCAGGAGCUGCAGAGCAAGCCGGAGCGCAGCGCCGAGGACAGCGACCGCCUGCGCAAGCUCUUGCUGGAGUGGCAGUUCCAGAAGCGGCUGCAGGAGUCCAAGCAGAAGGACGAGGACGAGGACGAGGAGGACGACGACGUGGACACCAUGCUGCUCAUGCAGCGGCUGGAGGCCGAGCGGAGAGCCAGGCAGACUGCUGUGCCAGCAAUCUCUGUUCUAGAUUUGUUGCAGGAUGAGGAGCGCAGGCGGCAGCAGCAGCUGGAGGAGACGCGGCAGCGGGAGGCGGAGGAGCGCGCCCGGCAGGAGGACCACCGGCUGCGGCAGGAGGAGGAGCGGGCCAAGCGGGACGCUGAAGAAAAGAGGCGACAGGAAGAAGGGUAUUACAGCCGCCUGGAGGCCGAGAGGCGCAGACUGCACGAGGAGGCUGGACGCAGGCUGCUGGAGCCCGAGGAGCCUGGUCUGUGCAGGCCUCCGCUUCCCCGGGGCUAUGAGCCCCCGGCCCCGCCCCCUCCGGCUGCCGCCCCUCCCCCCCCACCUCAGCGCACCGCCUCCUACCUGCAGGCCCAGGUCCUCUCCCCUGACUCCCUGUACACCGCCAAGUUCGUUGCCUACAGCGAGGAGGAGGAGGAGGAGGAGGAGGAGGACCGCAGUCCAGCAGGUCAGGAUAAGUGCUCCCGCACAAGGCCGUCUCACGGGCACCUUCCUCCUGCCGCCCUUAAGCCGCGCCCGGCCUCCGAUGGCAUCUUUCUCUCCAGCUCAUUCCAGCCACCCUCGGCCAGUGCCAACAGUACUGCCCGCAAAGCAGGCCAGCCCCCGCCCCCUCCAAAAACAGCAAGCUUCUCCCAUCUCGGCCACUCCAGAGGUAGAGGACCAAACUCUUUUACGGGAUCAUCCGGGACACUAUUUGGUGCCCAAGAUGCUUAUCAGGACCCGAGAGAGAAAGUGUCUAAAAGCCACGAAGCAGAUCUCGCUGGAAGUUCGGGGGCCCCUGAGAACCUGACGUUCCGAGAGCGCCAGCGUCUGUUUUCACAGGGUCAGGACGUGUCUGAUAAAGUGAAAGCCUCUCGUAAGCUGAUGGAACUGGAACACGAGCUGAACACCAAGUGAAGAGGAGACGGCACCUGGUGUCGCCCGGGUCCUCCCACGCAGCCGCGUAGGCACGAGCGUGGGGGAGAGCGAGGGGCACUGUGCUCUCUGUUUCUGCAGUGCGGGGAUCACAGAUGCUCCAGUUCCGAGAAACUCCUCCUGCUGACCAGGAGGCCCUCUGCGCGGGCCGCGCUCUGUCCGGCUCUCCUCACCCCACUCACUGCAGACCUUUCCUUUUCUGUUUUAGACGAGUCUGGGGACAGAGCGAAGGGUAGAAACACUGAGGUGUCUCCCCUGCCUUUCCCAAGGAGCACAAAGAAGUCCUAUUUCUCUUCUUUUUUAAAGACCUGACUUCAGCUCUCAGAGAAUAGCGUGCCCCGCCCCGCCCCGCCCCGAGUCUUGUUUGCACUGUCAGUGGCCACGCGCUGCCGACGGAGAGUCGGUCCUCUGCCCGCAGCCCGGUGAGGCCACUGGCCUUCCUCCCAGGCCCGAGCGGCGGGCGGGCGCCGUCCGCGCCCCUUACAGGUGAGGCCUCCCGGCCAGUUCCACAGAGCUGACGGGAAAGAAUUCCCAACAGACAGUUUUGAGACUUUAAGUUUAGGAAAUUUUAUUUUUAUAAAUGCCAGAUUAUUAUGAUAAAUGGUUGGUGAUUUUGAAGGUGGCAGCAGCAUUAGAAAGCUAACUACAUAUUCAGACAUUCAGGGGCCCCGGGAGGAUGUCGAUGUGAACGGAGCAUCUGGGGCUCCGAGGCAUCAGGUGCCAUGUGCACCACCUGCUCAGGGAUUCCGUCCCACACGUGGACCUGGGUGCGGGGCGGGGCGCGCACGGCAGCGCCUGACGUCUGAGAGGGACUGUGCCCUUCACGCUUUUCCACAUCUGAUGGGCUGUUUGAUUUCCGUUUGUUGGAUUAUUAAUCGCCACAUUCCUUCAGCUAUGAACAUGUGGCUGAUGCUGGGGAGACGGACCUCACUGUUUUAUAUUGUUGAUGUUAAAGUGGUAAAUUACUUAGUGACUAUAAGGAAAUUUUCUAUUGACAAAGCCCUGACGUGGGUCCUAGAAGAUUCUUCUGCACCAUGUUCUCUUACAGAUGUGUGUGUUAGAGAGAUGUGCACACUUCCAAAUGGGGGGGGGGGGCUUCCCGGCCUGGGAAACAGGGCAGUACGAUGUCCUUAAAGUGCAAGUAAAUGAUCUUGUCUAUCAGGGCUCCAACUUGGGAGUGUGCCUUUACCAUUCUCGCUUAAGUCGGAGAGGGAAGUGGGCCUGCAUGUUAUGAAGGAUUUGCACACUUGCUCAAAGUGCUAGGAAAAGCAGGCUCCUCCCCCGCACCCUGGGAGCACUGGCAGCCUUCCCGGGCGGAACCCCCUUCUUAGAGAAUAUGAUGCAGAUGGACUACUAUUCUGUUAAUAUAUAGAAGAAAUCAGUGCACAUGAGUACAUGCAAAUACAUGUAAAUACCUGCACACAGGGUGCUUGUACGUGUGGUUGUCAAACUCCGGAACGGGGUUUGGCCGUCCUUGACGGUGUUCGGGUGUGAGUGGGUGUGGGAGGGCUUUUCAUAACUGCACUACUUGGACGACAUCAAACUGCUGUAGUUCCAUUUCUACUGUACCCCAUUCACAGCCUGUUUUUAAUAA